UUGGUGCCCAGUGGUCGCGAUUCGCGCAAAAUAGCCGUUGAAUUCGGAACGUGUUAAUUUCGUUUAUUUAAUUUUGUUUGCGCAAAUAAAUUCAAAAGCUAUUUUUGUGAGACAAAGUCAACGCAAUAUAUAAAAGAUGGAGAUGCAGCUGCAGUGGAAAUUUUGGAUGAUGAUCUUCCUGUUUGGACUGCCGGGAUUUGGAUCUGGCUAUCGAAUACUCUUCAUGGGACCUUUUCCUGCCCCAAGUCAUUGGCUCUGGCUGGAGCACUUCCAAAAAGAUCUUCUUCGUCAGGGACACCAUGUGACCAGUGUCAAUAACCAUCCCACAAAGCAGCCCCACGAGAAUCUUACGGAGAUCAUAAUCAGUCCUUCUUUUGAUAUCCCCAAACACUUUCCAAAGGAAAACAUCUUCACAAUGCAGUUUGUAAGCGAUUUCAACAAUCUGGAGCUUUGGUGGACCAUUGGACUCAUGACCACGGAGCAUGCUUUCAAAGAUCCCAAAGUGAAAAAACUGAUCGAGAGCAAGGACGAUCAUUAUGAUCUGGUCAUAUUGGAGCAGUUUUUCCAUGAGGCCUUUUUGAUGUUUGGCAAGCGGUUUAAUUGUCCGGUGGUCACCAUUGGCACCAUGGGCUAUGCUGACAAUAUAGACCAUGCAAUGGGCAUCCUCACUCCUUGGUCCUUGAUUCCCCAUCUUCUGUUGUCGCAUACAGAUCGCAUGACCUUCAGCCAGCGUGCCUAUAAUGCCUACUUGUCUUUGUAUGAUGCGGUCAUGAGGCGUUGGGUUUACUUACCCAAGAUGCAGCAAUUGGCAGAGAAGUAUUUCAAGGGAUCUAUUGAUGGUCCACUACCGCAAGUUCUUGACCUAGAGCGUAAUAUCUCACUUGUCCUGAUCAAUGCCCAUCGUAGCAUAGAUCUUCCGAGACCCAGUAUGCCAGGACUUAUCGAUGUGGGUGGAGCGCACAUUCAGAAACCCAAGAAGUUGCCCGCUGACCUUCAGAGCUUCCUGGAUAAUGCCACAAACGGGGUGGUCUACUUCAGUAUGGGCUCCUAUGUGAAGAGCACCGAUCUGCCGCCGGAGAAAACGGCUCUGAUUCUCAAGGCCUUCGGUCAGCUUAAGCAGCAAGUGAUAUGGAAGUUUGAGAACGAUUCCAUAGGUGAUUUGCCCUCGAAUGUGAUGAUCAAGAAGUGGAUGCCCCAGAACGACAUAUUGGCCCAUCCGAAUGUGAAGCUCUUCAUCACCCACGGUGGCAUUUUCGGUACCCAGGAGGGCAUUUACUGGGGCGUGCCGAUGCUGUGCAUACCCCUGUAUGGCGAUCAGCAUCGGAACACCAUCAAAUCGGUGCGGGAGGGUUAUGCACGAUCUCUGGUGUUCUCCAAACUCACCACCGAUGAUCUGGUGCGCAAUAUCGAGACGCUGAUCAGAGAUCCGCAGUACAAACGCAGUGCUUUGCAGGUCUCGGAGCGUUUCCGCGAUAAUCCCAUACAUCCGCUGGAUGAGGCCACCUUCUGGAUCGAGUACACCAUCCGGCAUCGCGGUGCCAGGCAUCUGAAGUCGCAGGGCGCCUUCAUUCCCCUGCAUCAGUAUCUGCUGCUCGACGUCCUGGGAUGUGUGCUGCUGGGCGCAUUCCUCGCCAUCUGGCUGCCUUGGCGGAUGAUCAGGAGGGUCCACCAGUGGUGGCUCAAAGGGCAGGCCGCUGACAAACUGAACGAGAGCAAAAAGCGAUUGUAGGAAACGACACAUCCCUUGACUAGUCGCAAAACAAAUUAAGUGUGAUAUAUUAAUAGCAAUUUAAAAUGUAAAUAUUUUAAAAAUCAGAGCUCAACCACAAUGAACUCAAGCGGGUUUAAAUAAAUAAUACUAACUAAAAAUUA